GUCAUAUAGCUGGAAUAUUUCUGAGUGCGGCGUUACACAACAAACCAAACCAAAAAAAGUGAAGGAUAAAAAAUGAAAGAUAUUUUUCAUGGAGGAAACUGUUUCUUGCAUAUCAGAGCGUUACUAUCAGUUGGGUAUUUAAAUUCAACAGCAUUCACAUCAGUAUCUAUAUUAAGCCACAACUAACUCGUGUCUUUAUCGUCUCCAUACCGGCGUGCCCAGUCAUGACUUCUGACAGUGUUGUACGGUUGUACACCCGCGGGAGACGUUUUCUGUAGGACCAUAUCCCAUCCAUCAGCGCCAGGUUUUUGGUGAGGCUUUGAUUUCACGUCAGACAGACCAGCUCUUCUUCAGUUUCCUGAAGGUGCCGUGACAUACAUGACCUCGAACAGUAUAAACAUGAUACAAUCUGACACAAGCUACCAUUACAUCUAUAUAUGGAUGCCUCUUGGAUUCCGUCAGUUCGGCCACGCAUCUCUGUAUCUUAGCAAUCGCCAGUAUGUCAGUUUGUGGCCUCAAGAAGUAAACUGUAGGCUAAAGAAGAAGCAAAAUCUGUUCAAAUCCAACCUUCAUGGUGACAUUAACGAAGAGGGCACGGAUCCUGACUACACAUACAGGAUUUCGGCCACAGAAUUAGACCUGGCUAAAAUGAUGACGUUCUUGAAGAACCAAAAGACCAUACCUCCCUAUUCCUUACUGCUUCACAACUGUUGCUCGGCCGUGUACCAAAUCUUACAUGCAGGCGGAGCCCCAAAGAGUCUAACAAUUAUCUGGAGACCAGAAACUUUGCGGAGAUACUUCGAAAUUUAUCUGGGCGGUGGAUCCAACUUUACAACUCUGUUCAACUUGCCAGGAUGGGAUUCCCCUUUUAAAGAGAAAAUCACAUUGCAUACAUGGAAAGCUAGGGAUGGAACGGCACAACACUUUGCAUUAUCUCUGGAUUACUCAGUGUAUGUAAGCUGGUGGCCCCGUACUUCACAGGCAGCAGGGUAUGCUGCGUCCAGCUUAGAGGAGGAUAGGACAAAGAUGGGCAGGGUGGAGGAUGGCACAUAUAUCCUUCCUGGCAAUCAGUUGGAGUACCACUUAAUGAGGAGACGUUGGAAGAAAAUGUUGAAAGAGGAAACAUCUGCUAUGGGGAGAACUACCUCGGACUGGGUGAUACAUAACAUUCUGAUUGCAGGCGGCAUUUCUGUUUUCCAAUUACAGGAAAUAAUGUCUGCAAACGGAAUGUUUGAAACCUUAAGCAGAGAAUGAUGACAGAGGGAAUAUUUGAAAUGUGGUGAGCUGACUCGGACUGGACUGGAUGAUACAUAAAGGUCUGAUUGAAGGCGGCAUUUCUGUUUUCCAAUUAUGUGAAAUAAUGUUUGCACCUUCAGCAGAGAGUGAUGACAGAGGGACUAUAUGCUUGAAGGUUGCGCCUCUGAUUUCAAAUGACUGGAAAUAACGUUUGCACCUUCAGCAGAGAAUGAUGACAGAGGGUAUAUAUUUUGGACGGUUGUGCCUCUGAAUUCAAAUGACUUGAAAUAAUGUUUGCACCUUCAGCAGAGAAUGAUGACAGAGGGAAUAUUUGAAAUGUGGUGAGCUGACUCGGACUGGACUGGAUGUUACAUAAAGGUCUGAUUGAAGGCGGCAUUUCUGUUUUCCAGUUAUAUGAAAUAAUGUUUGCAUCUUCAUCAGAGAAUGAUGACAGAGGGAAUAUAUGCUUGAAGGUUGCGCCUCUGAAUUCAAAUGACUUGAAAUAAUGUUUGCACCUUCAGGAGAGAAUGAUGACAGAGGGUAUAUAUUUUGGACGGUUGCGCCUCUGGAUUCAAAUGACUUGAAAUAAUGUUUGCACCUUCAGGAGAGAAUGAUGACAGAGAGUAUAUAUUUUGGACGGUUGCGCCUCUGAUUUCAAAUGACUGGAAAUAAUGUAUUCACCUUCAGGAGAGAAUGAUGACAGAGGGUAUAUAUUUUGGACGGUUGCGCCUCUGGAUUCAAAGGACUUGAAAUAAUGUUUGUACCUUCAGCAGAGAAUGAUGACAGAGGGUAUAUAUUUUGGACGGUUGCGCCUCUGGAUUCAAAUGACUUGAAAUAAUGUUUGCACCUUCAGCAGAGAAUGAUGACAGAGGGAAUAUCUGUUCGAAGGUUGCGCCUCUGGAUUCAAAGGACUUGAAAUAAUGUUUGUACCUUCAGCAGAGAAUGAUGACAGAGGGAAUAUAUGUAAUAAUGUUUGCACACAGGAACCUGCUGUAUAUCCACAUUCUCUAAAAUACGGUGUCAGUCAAAUGACGUUUAUGUGGUGGUUAUAUGAUGAUUCUCGUGAAUUUAGGACGUGCACAAAUAUACAGAAUGAAUUAGAUUUAACUAACGUUUCCCAAACUGUUGUUGCGAUAUGUAUCAAGUCCUGCAGCUGCAACCCCAUAGAGGCUAACAAGACACCAGAAACCUUCCGAUCGAUGUCAACAAUGAUUUAAUCUCCCACCUUCUCAAAUAGUAUGACUUGUAGAGACAUUUGUAGAUGAGAUGUCAGACAUUAACUAGAUGGAUGGUUACGAUGGCUAUGGUGUUCUACUGCCCUCGAAUGAAAUGAUCUGAGUAUGGUCGUAAGUCCAUAAUCAUUUCGUUUCCGGAGCGUACCUCGAAAAUCGUUCAAUAUACUUCAAGGAAAAUAGGCAGAUAUAUAUAAAGAAACUCCUGAGCGGAGACUUUUGCUAUUUUAGGGUUUUUUGCAUUUUUAUUUUUCUCGAUUUCAUUGAGACAACGUGGAGUUGCCGUUUCAAUAGCACAAAUUGAAAACUGCAAAAGAUGUUUCAUCCAAAGAAGUUCAUACUUCACCAUUUCCAAAUCUUCACAGAGUCGUUUAAACCAUGGUGAGUUUUUGCUGCGAUUAUCGUUGUUUAAGGGUAAUAUCACGGCACUAAGUGCAGCAGAUAAUUGAAUAAUUUCAAAAACUUCAUUUGUACCUUUUGACGUAUAAUCCAUAGAUGUAUCAUGAAAGUCAUUUAAUGAGACUCAGUUUAACUUAUUUUCCAAUGUGUUUCCCUCGAGAACUGGACCCGUGAAGAUCCGGUGUAGAAUAGGUCUUCAGCAACCCAUGCUUGCCAUAAAAGGCGACUAUGCUUGUCGCAAAAGGCGACUAACGGGAUCGGGUGUUCAGGCUCGCUUACC